UACAAAUAAAAGGGGUGGGCGUGGCUUUGUGAUCUCUCGCGUGGACGAAAAUUGGAGGGGGAAAGAUUGUUUGCUCGCUCUUGCUAUAGCUAUUGCUGUAACGACGCCUGACAUGGCAGUUGUUCUCUCCCUUAACACCCAUAAACCCUUCCCUGUCCUCCUCCCUCUCUCAUCUCUUAAUUAUCGUUCUGGCCCUAUUCGUAAACGCAAUUCCAUUUAUUUCGCUCCCAUCAGGAUCCCAGGCCACCGACACCCAUUCCUUAACAAUUUAUCGAACAAAGAAGACUCAAACCCAGAAAAUGCGCAAGAAGAAGUUGCAGACCACGAAGUGAACGAUUUAGGGGUUAAAGCUGCUCUUUCUAUGCUCAAAUUUUACAAAACAGGGGAAAUCUCGCCGUUGUUGCCCCGCAGUUGUCGUUAUGUUCCAACUUGUAGUGAGUACUCCAUGGAAGCUUACAAAAAGUAUGGAGUCGUUAAGGGCACUGUCUUGACCGCUUGGCGUCUAUGUCGUUGCAAUCCCCUUGGUGGGUCUGGAUUUGAUCCUCCUCGGUGGUUUGACGAGAGAAGUCUCCCUGAAGAAUGAGGCAUCUUAAUCUGCUUGCCGCUAAUUCAACAGUACUUUGUUUUUUUGAGGAUAAGGCUUCAACUUCAUCAGUGCCAGCAUUUUUUUCUACAGUUGCACAACGGAUUGAUGUGCGUACGAACUGCGCACUUACAAACUGAUGUGGGAAUUUUUUAUCUUCUAACAUCGUCUGUCUGUGCAUAGAAAUAAGAAUGAUUUUUCUAUUAACAUUCUUGUCGCUCAUUGAUAUAUCCUAGUGACUAGGGAGAUGCAAUGAUGCAUUAGCUUGCUAAAAUGGUGUUUUAUUCGUUUUAUGGGACAAAUUUUCUAUACUGAUUGCUUAUCUUUCUUUGGUUUUGUUCUUCAGCCGUGUUCCAUUACCGUCUUUGAAAUUCAGUUGGGGAGCUUGAGAAAGAACAGAUCUAUAACGAACACUCAUGUUUUCAUCAUUUUUGGACCGUUAACAUUGUUCUAGAUUUAUGUUCUGAGAUGUCUUGGCUGUACAACUAAUUAUCUAUAGGUCUGUAUGAAGUUCAAAUUUAGCUUUAAUGUUGUUAGA